UCUCGAUAUACUCGCAUCAAAUUCCAACAUGAAUUUAUCCGUUUCUUUCUCCACUUAUGCUACCGUUGUCAUUCUCAUAUUUUCUGGCUCAAUCAUCUAUUCUAUUGGCAGUAGCAAUACGAGUGACUUUCAUGCCUUGCUCGAAUUCAAAGCCAAAAUAACCCAUGACCCUUUAAGCGUUAUGAGUUCAUGGAAUGACACCAUCCACUUCUGUCAAUGGCAUGGUGUCACCUGCAAUGCUAGGCAAGGGAGGGUUGCUGUGUUGAAGCUGAAUUCCCUAAACCUUGCAGGCUCUAUAUCACCUUCCAUUGGCAACUUGAGCUUUCUAAAGGAAUUAAACCUUCGAAACAAUUAUUUCAGCGAUGAAAUCCCACAAGAAAUCACCCAUUUGAAAAGUUUAGAGAAACUCUUAUUGACCAACAAUUCAAUAUGUGGGAGAACAAUUCCAAUGUGGUGAGAAUCUGACCACUAUCAUCAACUGCUCCAGUCUUAUAGGACGUUUGACCUUGGUCUUCAACGAUAGAAAGGUGAUAUCUCUAUGGAUAUUGGAAGUUGUCCAAGCUACAAUUCUCUCAAGUUUUUACAAACAAACUACAACAAACUAACAGGAAAUAUUCCUUAUUCUAUUGGGAACUUAUCAAACUUGGAUGCUUUAUCGCUAGCCGACAAUAAGUUGGUUGGAAAAGUACCUGAGACUAUAGGACAGCUGCAGAAGCUUUUUUUCUUGAGUUUUCGUACAAAUAGGCUUUCAGGUAGCAUUCCUCUCUCUUUCUUCAAUCUAUCUUCCGUUGUCACUUUAGACAUUUCUGAAAACCAAUUUGAAGGCAAUUUCCCUUCGGAUUUAAGCAUUUCUUUUCCAAGCAUAAAAUACUUUGUUGUUGCUAAUAACAGCUUCACUGGAAAAUUUCCUUCUUCAUUGUCCAAUGCCUCAAACCUAGUGGAGCUUGAAAUGCCUGUAAACAAACUUACUGGAACUGUGCCUUCUCUUGAAAAGUUGUCGAAACUCAAGUCAUUAUCCCUUACUAGAAACCAUCUAGGAACUGGUGGCGAAGCCGAUGACUUGAGCUUUCUCUACUCUUUGACCAACAUCACUUCAUUAGAACUGUUGGCCAUAAAUGAUAAUAACUUCGGAGGUAUUUUACCUGAAACUAUAAGCAAUUUUUCAACAGAGCUCAAAAUGUUGUCAGUAGCUCAAAAUCCAAAAUGUUGUUCAGUUCCCCAGAAUAGGGAAUCUUGUUAACUUGCAGCAUUUUGAUGUUUCAGUCAACCAACGCAUUUUGAUGUUUCAGUCAACCAACUUUCAGGUGUCAUUCCGUACGAUAUGGGAAGGCUUCAAAAUCUAGGGGAAUUAGGCUUUGAAAUAAACAAGUUCUGUGGGCACCUUCCACCCUCUUUAGGAAACUUAACAAAAUUAGUUAAGCUCUAUGCAAGGGCAAAUAAUUUUGUGGGUAAAAUCCCUGCAACUCUUGGAACUUUCAAAUACAUGGCUUAUUUGGACCUUUCUCAAAACAAUCUCAGCGGUUCUAUACCCCCACAGCUUCUAAGUCUCUCUUCAUUAUCAAUCCAUCUCGAUCUAUCUGAAAACAAUUUGACUGGAACCUUACCCAUGGAAGAUCUAUCUGAAAACAAUUUGACUGGAACCUUACCCAUGGAAGUUGGAAACCUAAAAAGCCUGGGCAGAUUUUCUGUUUCUGGGAACAAGUUAUCAGGAGAGAUUCCAAGCACUCUUGGCAGUUGUUCAAGUAUAGAAGCACUAGACAUGAGAGGAAACGUUUUUCAAGGGCACAUACCUGCAUCUUUGAGUAACUUAAAAGCUCUACAAUUUUUAGAUUUAUCUCAUAACAAUUUGACAGGUGAAGUUCCAGAAUUUUUGGCACGCCUUCUCUUGUUGCUAUAUUUGAACUUGUCUUACAAUAAUUUUGAGGGUGUUGUGCCUAGUAAAGGUGUCUUUAGGAAUAUGAGUGUUACUUCAAUUGAAGGAAACAAUAAAAUUUGCGGGGGCACGCCUGAACUCUAUUUGCCUACAUGUGUAACCAUACUGCCUAAGAAGAGUGGAUUGGGUCUUAGAUUGAAAUUUUUGGUUGCUAUCAUCAUAUCUACCCUUUGGGGAGUCAUAUUGGUUUUGUUUAUUCUGCCUCUUUGUGUUUCCAAGUUUAGGCAGAAAUCAUCCACUUUGAACUUCUCAGGGGAGAAAAUGUUAGAACUAUCUUAUGGCACUCUGUAUAAAGCUACUAAUAAAUUUUCUGCAGCUAAUUUGAUUGGGAUGGGUGGUUUUGGGUCUGUUUAUAAGGGAACACUUGACAUGGAAGAAAGUUUAAUAGCUAUCAAGGUGUUUAACCUUAUGGACCGUGGAGCUUUAGAAAGUUUCUUAGCAGAGUGUGAAACUUUAAGAAACAUCAGACACCGAAACCUUGUAAAGGUGCUAACUGUUUGCUCCAGUGUUGAUUAUCAUGGCAAUGAUUUUAAGGCUUUAGUUUAUCAGUUCAUGGCUAAUGGAAGUCUAGAGGAGUGGUUGCAUCCAGUUGUUGGUGCAGAUGAGAUAAAUGUAGCAUCAAGGAGCUUAAACAUUCUGCAAAGAUUAAAUAUCGCCAUUGAUGUAGCUUGUGCACUUGAUUAUCUACAUCAUCAUUGUGCAGAAAAACCAAUCAUUCAUUGUGAUCUCAAGCCAAGCAAUAUUCUUCUCGAUGAAGAAAUGAUAGGGCAAAUUUGA